CAGUACACUACUAAACCUCGACAGCACUGGAUGCUGUAGUUAGGGAAAACCAUGGCUUCUGGCUGGAGCAGAGGUCACUUGACUGACUGCACUAUCCAGAGGUGGAAGAUACAACCAAAGGAGUUCAAGGACGUUUAUGACCCGAGUGCGCUUCCCAGGGUGACUUAUCUGCUCUAUGAAAUUAAAUGGGGCAACAGCUCCAAGAUAUGGAGAAAUUGGUGCCGAAAUACCAGCACCCAGCAUGCUGAAAUCAACUUCCUGGAAAAUGCCUUCAAGGAAAGAUCUUUCAAUCCUUUCACCCACUGUUCUAUCACCUGGUUCCUCUCCUGGAGUCCUUGCUGGAAAUGCUCCCGAUCUGUGGUAGAGUUCCUGAAGACACACCCCAAAGUGAACCUAGAAAUGUAUGUAUCAUAG